UGCCAGGGCUGGAGGGCAGAUCUACCUUACAGAUUUCCACCAGAUGUGCCUGCCUCAGUUUCCCCCAGGGUGCACACAGUAUUGAGCUAGUCGAGACUGCUCUGGGAGUUCCCGUCUGGGCCGUGGGAGGCAUUACCCAGCCCUGCCCUGUGAGCCACAGCAAACCCAGGCAGCUGCCCAGCUCCUCCUUCAGUGGACGCCGGGACCCGCAGGAGGGACGGGAGCGGGCUGUCCCAGGUGUCCCUUCUCCCCGCGCACAGUGGCAACUUCGGGAUGGAGUCUGUGCGUGCGCUGUGGCUCGGCCUGGCGCUGGCGCUGGGGUCCCGGGUGGUGCGCGGUCACCCUCAGCCCUGCGGGGUUGCCACGCGUGCCGGGGGCUCCGGCGGCUCCGUGAGACUGGCUGCGCUCCUGCCCCGCGCGCCCGCCGCCCGCGCCCGCGUCCUGGCCGCCCUGGCCGUCCCCGCGCCGCGGCUGCCGCACAACCUGAGUCUGGAACUGGUGGCCGUCGCGUCCCCUGCCCGGGACCCCGCGUCGCUGGCCCGAGGUCUGUGCCAGGUCCUGACACCGCCCGGCGUGGUGGCCUCGGUAGCCUUCCCCGAGGCGCGGCCCGAGCUGCGGCUGCUGCAGUUCCUGGCAGCGGCCACGGAGACCCCGGUGCUGAGCGUCCUGCGGAGGGAGGCGCGUGCGCCCCUCGGAGCCCCGACUCCGUUCCAUCUGCAGCUGGACUGGGCCAGUCCCCUGGAGACCAUCCUGGAUGUGCUGGUGUCCCUGUUACAGGCACACGCCUGGGAGGACAUUGCUCUAGUGCUCUGCCGCGUCCGGGACCCUGGUGGCCUCGUGACACUCUGGACUAGUCGUGCUGGUCAGGCCCCAAAGUUCGUACUGGACCUGAGCCGGCUGGACGGCGGGAAUGACGGCCUUCGGGCCGGACUGGCCCUGCUCGGGGCCCUGGAGGGAGGGGAGAGUCUCGUGUCUGCAGCUGUCCUCCUCGGCUGCAGUGCUGCCCGUGCACAUGAGGUCCUCGAGGCUGCGCCACCGGGUCCCCAGUGGUUACUGGGCACACCGUUGCCUGCUGAGGCACUGCCCACAGCUGGCCUGCCACCUGGGGUACUGGCCCUGGGAGAAAUCAAACGACCCUCCCUGGAAGCUGCCGUCCACGACACGGUGGAGCUUGUGGCUCGAGCACUGGGCAGCAUGGCCCUUGCACACCCAGAGCGUGCCUUGCUUCAAGCUGCGGUCGGCUGUGAGGACCUGAAACCAGUUGGAUCCGAGUCGUCCGGGCACACCUUGGCUCGAUUUCUGGGCAACACCUCCUUCCAGGGCCGCACAGGGGCUGUGUGGGUGACAAGCUCCUCUCAGGUGCACGUGUCUCGGCAUUUCAAGGUGUGGAGCUUGCGCCGCGACCCACUGGGUGGCCCAGCCUGGGCAACAGUGGGCAGCUGGCAGGAUGGACAUCUGGACUUCGAGCCAGGGGCAGCGGCUGUCCGUGUCCCAUCUCCAUCUGGCACCCAGGUGCGGCCGAAGCUGCGGGUGGUAACUCUGGUGGAACACCCAUUUGUUUUCACCAGGGAAUCCGAUGAAGAUGGGCAGUGCCCGGCUGGGCAGCUGUGUCUAGACCCGGGCACCAAUGAUUCGGCCAGGCUGGACGCGCUGUUUGCAGCGCUGGCCAAUGGCUCAGUACCCCGCUCACUACGGAGAUGUUGUUACGGCUACUGCAUCGACCUGCUGGAACGGCUGGCCGAGGACCUGGCCUUCGAUUUUGAGCUCUAUAUUGUGGGCGAUGGCAAAUACGGGGCCCUGCGUGAUGGACGCUGGACAGGCCUGGUGGGCGACCUGCUGGCUGGCCGGGCACACAUGGCUGUGACCAGCUUCAGUAUCAAUUCGGCUCGCUCCCAGGUGGUGGAUUUCACCAGCCCAUUCUUCUCCACCAGCCUGGGCAUCAUGGUGCGCACACGGGACACAGCCUCGCCCAUCGGGGCCUUCAUGUGGCCCCUGCACUGGUCCAUGUGGGUGGGCGUCUUUGCCGCCCUGCAUCUCACGGCGCUCUUCCUUACCCUGUACGAAUGGCGAAGCCCCUAUGGGCUCACGCCACGCGGCCGCAACCGUGGUACUGUCUUCUCCUACUCCUCCGCACUCAACCUCUGUUAUGCCAUCCUCUUCGGACGCACGGUCUCCAGCAAGACGCCCAAAUGCCCUACCGGACGCUUCCUCAUGAACCUCUGGGCAAUCUUCUGCCUGUUGGUGCUGUCCAGCUACACGGCCAACCUGGCUGCCGUCAUGGUUGGGGACAAGACCUUUGAGGAGCUGUCUGGAAUCCAUGACCCCAAGCUGCACCACCCUUCCCAAGGAUUCCGCUUUGGCACUGUGUGGGAGAGCAGCGCAGAGGCCUACAUCAAGGCGAGCUUCCCGGAGAUGCACGCACACAUGCGGCGCCACAGCGCACCCACCACUCCACACGGAGUGGCCAUGCUCACGAGUGACCCACCCAAGCUCAACGCCUUCAUCAUGGACAAGUCGCUACUGGAUUACGAGGUAUCCAUUGAUGCAGAUUGCAAGCUGCUCACCGUGGGCAAACCCUUCGCCAUCGAGGGCUAUGGCAUAGGGCUGCCCCAGAACUCGCCGCUCACCUCCAACCUGUCGGAGUUCAUCAGCCGCUACAAGUCGUCAGGCUUCAUUGACCUGCUCCAUGACAAGUGGUACAAGAUGGUGCCUUGCGGGAAGCGGGUGUUCGCCGUGACGGAGACGCUGCAGAUGGGAGUCUACCACUUCUCGGGGCUGUUCGUGCUGCUGUGCCUCGGGCUGGGCAGCGCACUCCUCAGCUCUCUGGGCGAGCACGUCUUCUACCGCCUGGUGCUGCCGCGCAUCCGCAGGGGCAACAAGCUGCAGUACUGGCUCCACACGAGCCAGAAGAUCCACCGAGCCCUCAACACUGGGACGCCAGAGGGGCAACAGGGGAGUGCGGAGCAGGAGCGCAGCGGCCCCGGGCCCGAGGAGCAGCCGCGUGCAGCCGAGGGAGCAGGGCGCUGGAGGCGGGUGCGCAGGGCGGUGGAACGGGAGCGGCGCGUGCGCUUCCUGCUGGAAACCGGGGAGGCCGGCGGGGAACCGAGGCUCUGCUCCAACGGGCCCGGGCCGCAAGCCGAGCUGCGCGAGCUGGAGCUGCGGAUCGAGGCGACGCGGGAGCGGCUGCGCAGCGCACUGCUGCGGCGAGGGGAGCUGCGGGCCCGGCUGGGGGACGGCGCCCGGCUGCGGCCACUGCGCCUGCUGCAGGUGCCACCCGCGGAAAGCUGAGGGACCACGCGGCCGCACUGUCCACGACAGUUUAUUCUAUAUACAAACACGACUCUGUACACUGCAAUUAAAUAGCGUAGAACGUG